UCCUGGUUUCAACUCAAGGAUUUCAUUUGAUGGGCGGGGCAUUCCUUCACAUCCCUCCACCCCAACCCCAACCGGAGCCUGAAAUCUGGACCAAUGAAAGCAAAGUACCUCAUUUACUGGCACUAAGAACUGGCACUAUUUAAGUGGCAGCAGGAAUGGGCUGUGAAUCGCAUCUGCUUUCUCCACAAACGGGCACACUGUUGUCUGAUCUGGGGCAUCUCUGAGCUGAAGAGAGGGAAGUCAGAAAGCCUGUAGGACUCCUGCUGCCGCCAUGUGCUUUGGCAAGUGUGCAAGAUACAUCGGAUACUCUCUGGUGCUGUUGGCUGUCCUCUGCAUUGUAGCUAAUAUUUUGCUCUACUUUCCUAACGGGGAGACAAAGUAUGCUUAUGAGGACCACCUCAGUCGCUUUGUGUGGUACUUUACCGGCAUUGUAGGCGGAGGCAUACUGAUACUCCUGCCAGCGUUUGUGUUCAUUGGGCUGGAGGAAGAUGACUAUUGUGGCUGUUGUAGCUGUGAAAACUAUGGCAAGAGAUGUACAAUGCUUUCUUCUGUACUGGCUGCUCUCAUUGGCAUUGCGGGAUCUGGCUACUGCGUCAUUGUGGCAGCGCUGGGUUUGGCAGAAGGACCAAAGUGUAGUGAUUCCCACGGUGUGUGGAACUACACCUUUGCCGACACUGAGGGAGGGUACCUUAUGCAUCCUGACACAUGGUCCAAGUGUCAUGAGCCUGAGAAUAUUGUGGAGUGGAAUGUGACCCUCUUUUCUAUUCUCCUGGCACUCGGUGGAAUUGAAUUCAUCUUGUGUCUCAUCCAAGUCAUCAACGGAGUGCUGGGAGGCAUAUGUGGCUAUUGCUGCUCCCGCCAGCAGCAAUAUGACUGCUAAAAGAACACAAGACAGAACCACAUGCUUCCUUUAUUACAUUGUAACUUGUAUAUUUUACUCGUGUUAUGAAACUUUGUACUGGUGUAUCAUAUUCCAUACAUUCUGCUUUUAUAAAGAAAUGUGCUGACAUCUUCAUAUGAUGUCAGUGUUUGCAUUUAUCAAGCAAACUUUGUUUUAAAGAAUGAGGCAACAAACUGCACUCACCCUGGAGGUAUUUCACAGACUGAAUGACUGUUCUCAGCAUAGCUGAGAUAGACUUGUCAAUAUUUAAGAUAAAAAUCACAUUUAACUAUUGUGCAUAUGUGUACUUGUUUUUUAAGUAAAAGAUCUCCGGUUUCCUUUUCAAGACCAAGAAGAACCCCCAAACCUGAAAAGUUGUUUUUAACUGUUUAUAUGGUGUUUCCCAUUUGUAUGUGUACAACUCUCUAAGAGGCCCUCGGAGGUGAGGGAAAAGCGCUUGCCUGGAUUUGGAAAUCUCACUGAAAAAGCGCUAACCCAAGUACGUGAGAGAAAACAUGUAAAGCUGACAGUGGCUGUGAAUGCUACUGGAUACUGAAGUUUUCUAUCAUGUAGAAAGCUUUUUGCCCUCCAAAGACAAAGACUGUGGAUGUCAAGAGGAAGCCAGGAUAGUUGAACAAGAAGGAAGAUGGGAAAUGGAAUAAAACAAGGUGGGGAAGUGGGAUUGGUGGAGUAGGGAUGGAAGAUCACAUGAGAAUCCCUCAAACUUGCUUGUUGUUGAACAUAAAAUGAAGUACUCUCUACCA